GUUCAAAUGUCAAAAAUCCCUUUAUUAGGAAAAUGGCAAAUUUCUUUAUUAAUGCAAAGGUGACUUGGUUUAUCGUUACUGUGACAAACGAAAACACUUUAUUUGAUGAAUCCUUAAAGAAAAUUUUAAUUAAUAUCAAUCAGGAGAAAAGUUAUUGCAAAAAUAUAUGUUGAUCCCUAGACACUUUUGAUGUGUGUAUAUAGAAUCUAUCGUAAACACAAAUAAUCUGCAACUUUUCUUUAAGUUUAAACAAAAAUAUUGAUAAAUGCAACUCAGAUUUCUCCAACUGAAUUUGAGCUUUAUCAUACUUGAUAUAAUAUUCAUAAUCUAUUGGAAAAAAUUGACUCUGGUGUCCUCGUAACUUGAAGUGCUCCUAACUACCAAAUUCAUGCGAGUCAUCUUUUAUUUUAUAAAAGUAUAAAUAUGCACUGGCAAAUAUGUAGAUUUAAUUUACUUACCUUCUUUAGUAUAAAUUUACUCACCAUUUCACAUAUUCCCAAAACAAUCGUAUCUCUUCCUGUAACAGUUCACUCAUAUCUACAUGAAAGCUCACAAAUAUUCUCGGCACGACUGCAUUUAUCAUACUACCCUAUCAAUGUAGCUUCAUUCACAACACAGGUCCAAAUCUGUAUUAUUCAAUCAUAUAUAUUAUCAGUCGAUAUUUUUAUGGGUAAUAGCACACCUGUGUAAUUGUCCAAGCGAGCACAAAUAACACGCGAUCGAAACUUACGGUCAUAUGGACUGUUAGAUUACUACUGUAUCACACGAUAGGAAACGCUAUAAAUUCAGGGCUAAAUACCAAUCGAUUACAUUCAUUAAAUAGGUAUAUGCAACCUACUUUUUGAAUACACCUAGUGGUUGUUACAAACUUUAUACAGGGUAGACAGAUUAAAUGCAAAAGUAAUUUAUUAUGAAAGGCUUCAAUGGGAGCUGGGUAACAAAACCAUUAUAAAAUGACUUGAAGCAUUAAAUAUUGACGUAAAAGCAGUUUAGGUCGCUAAUUCAUUUCUGGUCUUCAUAAAAGAAAGACAUUGACCGUUCCAAUUGGAGCAUCCUCAAUUUUGACGAAAAAUGCAAAUGACCUUUACAGCGUCACCGGGUUUGGGGACGAACGGCGAGAUCCUAAGGGGACCUCAAGCCGAGAAUUGGCGAGUGCCACCAGAGGUAUUCCAGGCGGAUGGCAUCUCCCCGCGGGGGGAGCCUUCUCUCCGUCUGUAGCCUCUAGACCACUCGAACCUGAGGGGGUCGGCUCAACUAGAGGGCGUCUCUGAGACUCGAACCUCAGCUCCAGUUAGCCGUUGUCGUGGGGGGUCCUACAAUUCCAACAUUAAGAUGGAUAAAUCUAAGGAAGAAUAUACUAGAAAAAAUUCUACUCGAUCCAGGAUUCAGACGGGAUUCGAUGAAGAUGCGGGUUCGAAUCUUGUCUUAAUACUGGGCAGCUUGAAAAAUAAUGAAGAAAUUCAUGAUAAUACAAUAGUGCUUUUCAUGAAUUUUUAAGGAAAUAUAUAACAGUCAAGAUACAUCAUUUAUUUUAAGAGUCAAAGCCGUUCAACUUAUGGGAAAAUUUCUUACCUAAUAAAAAUCCUUAGAAAAACACAUUAAAAGUGACUUAGAUGAAGUGAUUCCUUGUUUAUAAUGCGUAAAAACAAAGCAUUGAAGAACAAAAUCUAAAAAAAACUAUUUAAAAUAAAAUAUCUACGGAACCCUACACUGCGCGUGGCAUGACAGAAAAUGAGGGGCGACUAGACUCUCUCACUUACAUUUCACGUGGAGGGUGGAGGGGUGGAGUAAUUACGGUACAGAGCCUUGUAAGAAUACAUUUGGUUAUUAUGUAGAAGAAAUGUGCCGAGGGGAUUUAAGGUUAAUAUGUAAAAUUUGCUUUGUGACUGAAACCUGAAACGCCUUGUGUACCUACCUCUCACUACUUUGUGCUUGAAAACCAGCAAAUUCAUAUUUAAAAAUUUGUUUCUUUUAAAAAACGAAGGAGUUUCUAUAGCGCAGGUAGCAAUUUAUUUUUUUAUUUAUUAACAAACAAAUGAAUUAUAGCAGAUUAACCAUGUUCUUUCAUCAGUGACACUGACUUUGUUGUAAACUAAUAUGUCCAUAAAAAAGCUUAACGAAGAAAUACAAUCAAUUAUCCGUUCCUCUAGUAAAAUUACUAAUUUUAAGACUGCAGUAGAAGAACUGGUUUAUAAUUCGUUGGAUGCCGAAUCAACUUCGAUUGCAGUUAGAAUUGAUUUAUUAGAAAAUAAAAUUCAAAUUGUCGACAAUGGAUGCGGGAUUACUAAAAAAGAUUUUAAACUACUUGGACAAAAGUAUGCAACAUCCAAAUAUAGCAACUUAUGCCAGUUUAGAGCUGCCCCUAACAUGUAUGGUUUUUGUGGGCAAGUACUUUCAGAUAUUGUGAAUAUAUCUAAAACUGUCAAAAUAAUAUCCAGAAAUUCAGAAGAAACAUGGUGUAAAAUAUUUGAAGCUGGCUUGGAAUGUAACUUAAUUAAAACUAAUAAUAAUAGAGCUUCUAAAGGGACUACCCAUCCUGACAAUGAAAAUUAUUGCGAUGCUAAAAGUUAUAUACCGUUCUAUAUUAUCUUUCUAUCGUGUCCGUAUCAUGACUAUGACGUAAAUUCCACACCAAAGCAGUCAGUACUAGAAUUUAAAAAUUGGGAUCAAGUGAAGGUAUUGCUUGAAAAGUUAAUAAAAUUUUACAAAGGAGACAUGAAUCUGAAAGAAAAUAAAGUACCAGAAAAACCUAUCUUUGUCCAACAACCAAUAACCUCAAGCAUAACAGAAAAAGUAAAUGAAAUAACAAAGAAAAUAUUGGGUAACAAUUCCAAAAAGCUUGGAAUGUCUCAGAUGCAGAAUGGUAUAAAGGGGAAAUUAAUAAAAAGAAGACGAAAAAGAUCAAAGAAAAUCUCAAUCGCAAAGAUUUUGCCAGUGCAUGAAGUCUGCAGUAUUUUAAAUAAAAACAAUGACAAGAUUUCCGUACCGCAAUUCGUUGAAAAUAAAAUAAUAAAGUCCAAACAAAACGACAGACCAAAGCGUAAAAUAGCAUAUAAAAAUGUAAAUAACAUUUUAAAACAAGCCCAAAAGUCCAAAAAAUAUUAUAUUAAAGAUGACAACCUUAAAAAGGUUGACAGUAAUGAUGAAUUAUCAAUGAAAACGCCAGACCCAAAAAUCAAGAAGAAAAAUAAGCUGGUAGAUAAACCAGUUAAGGUAAAAAAGGCUAUCAAAAGGAGGUUAGAUACUCCCGUAAGUGUCGAAGCACAAUCAGAUAAAGUGAAAAUACCGCGUGAUAUUACUACCAAACGAACUAAUCAUUCAUUUAACAUUAGAAAUCUUAAGCGAAUUGCACCAAAGAAGAGUGACAUUGUCAAAACCAGUAAAAGUAUUUUGAUAAACAAUCUGUUCGAAGAUAGUGGCAUCGCACCGCCUCAGAAGUCGCAAGAACAUUUUAAACGCCCUUUUAUGACAUCUCAUGAUUUAUUGAAUACAGUUUUAAAUAAAGAUAAAAAUCCUUUAAUUCUAAACACUAGAGAUAAAAAGAAAUUUAGAACUUAUUUUACAAUUAAUGAGUCUCUGAAAAAUUCCCUUACAACAUACGAAAGUCAUCAUUAUGAAAAUAUCCGAUAUAAAAAUAUAAAUCAAACUUUGAGUAAGAAUAAAUUUGCUAACCAGUGUAUCGUAGAUAAACCUUUAUUUCCUUUAAAUAAUAAAAAUGAAAAAAAACGUUUCAUAAGCAGACAUUCAAAAGACAACUUCAAUAAGCCAAAUUCUCGUCAAUUGUCCCUUAUAUCAUAUGAAAAUAGAUUCGAAUCUUCAUUUCAAAAUCACUACUGUUUCAAAAACACUCACAUGUAUCUUGACGAUACUAACAUAAUAAAUAUAAGCGACUUCUCAGGAAAAAGUAAUACAAAUUCAAAUACAAAAGAUAGUAUUAGAACCUCGUGUUAUAACAUUACUGCACACAAUGAAACAUUUAUGACGAAAGAUAAAAAAGAAAUGGAACAUAUCGAACAAAUUCACUCAACAAUUUCUUCGUCUCUUUCUUGUUUUACUUAUACUAUUACUUCAGCUAACAUGAAGAUAAAUAAUGGUAAUCACCUCCAAUUGGAACAUAAUGAAGACAUAAAAAAUAUAACCAAGGGAUAUUGGAGCGGCGAUUUGCCGGUUACCUUGGAUAAAUAUGACCACAUGAAUAAUAUCAAAGGGAGUCACGAAAAUAUUGUUUUUGGUUCAGAGUCCCCCAAAGAGCCAAUAAACUUAUGUGAAGUAAUCCUCAACAGCGAUGACACUAUUGAUUUUGAUAGUAAUAAACAAUUAAAAAGUAAUACUGAGCAAGAUACACAUAUCAAUCCUAAUGCAUAUAAUAAAUUAGAAAAUGAAAAUGUCAUGUUACAACAAAAACCUUGUAAAUAUUUAAAUACGUAUGUAUCCAUACACCAUGAAGUUCAAUUUGAUAAUAAUAUACAAAUUCAUAGUAACUUGAAUAAAGAAGGAACUACUAUAAACUGCACUAGAGAAAAAACUGUUGAAGAGAACAUAAUUUGUGACCUCAUCAUAGAAAGUAAUUAUUUUAAUGAAAACAGUAUCGAAUCAGAAAAAAAACAACUCAACACAAGCAUGUUUCAAUUGAAAAACAGAUUUAGAUUUUUACCCAAAGGAAUGUCACCUAUUUUUGAAAAUUGCAACUCAAAAAAUAUUUGUGAUUAUAACCUUGAUGAAGAUUAUUUCGAAACUAACCUAUACAACAAUUUUAACAAUGAUGUAGAAACUAAUACGGAACUAUUUGAAGCAAGAGUACAAAAUACUAAAGAUGUUACUACUAAGGACAUUGAAAAGUUUAACUUUCGAAUGGAAAGAGAUAAAUCCACUCUAACGUUUACUAAGCAAUCUUUAAAGGAAGCCAAAGUAUUGGGACAAGUUGAUAAUAAAUUUAUUAUUACUGUUAUCAAAGGGGAAUUAGAUUUGGGAAAUUAUUUACUGCUUUUUGAUCAGCAUGCAGUUCAUGAAAGAAUAACAUUAGAAAAGAAUUUGACAGAAUACUUCAACGGCAACGAAUGGAAAAGUAUAACUUUAGACAAUAUUAUUUUACUAAAAUUGACAAAAGAUGAAAUAAUGUACCUUCAUAAUUAUAAAGAAAAAUUCUGUCGAUUUGGAUUCCAGUGGACUAUUUUAAAUGAUUAUGAAAUAAACAUACAUGCGAUACCGUUAGCUAUACUUGGACAAAAUCCUAGAGAGGUUGACAAAAUAAUCAAAACAGUGAAAAUUUUUAUUUCUGAAGAAAUAAGAAAUAUUAUGAAUCAGAAAGGAUGCGUUUCGAUGUAUCCAAAAUCUAUUAUGGACUUGGUUAAUAAUGAGGCGUGUAGGUACUCUAUAAUGUUCGGAGAUACAUUGUCUCGGAAAGAAUGUGAGGAUCUUAUAGGCUGCCUUUCAACUUGUAAAACGCCGUUCCAAUGCGCUCAUGGACGACCAGUUAUGGCAGUUAUAAUGAGAUUUAAGUCUGAAUCCGAAGACCGUAAAUAUCAGAUUAAUUUAAAUAAUGUUCUACGCUUACAAGAAAAUUUUAAGACAAAAUACAAAUGUUAACUCUGAUUCAAUUGUUUAUUUGAUGCUGAAUUACAUUGGAAUGAAUCUCUUCCACGUGCUUAAUGAACUAUUAGUCUUAUAAAGGUAUCAUAAAACACAAUUACUCAAAAUAUAUAUUCCAGUUAUAUGUUCAGAAAACUUGUAUUAAUAGAGGUAUGAAGUUCCACAUAAAAUUAAUAAUAAGAGGAUAAAACUACUUUGUGAUGUCCGCGACUAAAACUUUAUCGAAAACUAGGUUACAUAAAUUAAAGUCAUAAUAUAUUUAUAGUCCCUGUAUUUCGUCAGUAUUUGUGUUAUAAAAAAGUUAAUAGUUUAAAACACAAUAUAUAUGUAAGGUAAAAAAAUAUACUAUGUAAGGAUCCAAAUAAAAUAAUAUCAUACAGCACACAAUCAUCAAUUUGGUGUAAGGCUGAGCACUUCAUAUUGGCUAUAACUAUUCGCCAUAACUAAAUUUGAUACAUACUUGAUAGCAGUAUGAUCAGUUAGGGAAUGAAAAGGAACAAAAAGAAUUACUUACGGCAAAUGCGAACAGUCAUUUGAAAUGCCUGCACAACACAAAAUGCUUGCUUGUAGUGCCAGAUUUAUGUUCUCUUUUAGAUUAGCAUUUAACUAAGUAAAUAUAUUUGUUGAUCCAAUUAAUGUAUGGUUUUAUUCUGGUAUGUACAUCGGGGAAACCCAUGGCGCAAGGAAUGCCCCAUGAUACUAAUCCAGCUAGUUGAUUGUUUAUUACCAGUGGUCCACCGGAAUCACC